AUGCCGGGCUUCGCAGAGUCCUUUUGGUCUAGCGACUACGCUGCAGGACUGGGCGUCCUGUUCAGCAAGCUUCAGCAGGGAGUGCACGAGAACCGUCAAAUCCUUACCGUCGCCCGAUUGCGCGCCGAGGCCGAAGAGAUCUACAGCCAGCGAUUGGGAGACAUCGCGCCAGCUGCCGACAAAGUACAAGGCGGAUUCUCGAGAGAUGACGGUGCCAGCGUUCGCAAGGCCUACGAUGGCGUUCGGACCGAGAUGGAAGAGGGUGCCAAAAACCACAAGAAGAUCGCCCAGAACAUUCGAGACCUCGUCGUCAACCCCUUCUCCCGCUGGUGCGAUGCCCACGAAUCCCGCAUUCAAGACUCCCAGGAUGAGCUGCAAGCUCGCAUCAAGGCGCACGACAGGCAAGCAGAGCUCGUCAAGAAGCUGAGGAGCACCUACUUCAACAAGUGCCGCUUGGUUGAGGAUAUCGAGGAGGAGACCAAGCUGGCAUUCCAGGACCCCGAAACCAGCCCAAAGAACAACAUCCCCGAGAUCAAGGUCUCUGAGAACAAGGAGCCCGAGAAGGUGGAGGAGAAGCACGAGGUCGACGAUGAGGAGGAGAUGGUCGAGAUUGGCGACGAGUUCUACAACGCCGACCAAGUCAAGAAGAUGUUGGAGCACAUGCUGAACACCAUCAAGCUCGGCGAGACCAAAGUGCCCAUCCUUGGCGUGUACCAAAACACUUCGUCUGGUGCAGACAUUGUGGAGUACUUGCAGAAGCACUUGAACACCAGCAGCGUCAGCUACGCCGAGAGGAUUGGACAGGACCUCAUCACAGCCGGAUUCUUGAGGCUCAUUGGUAACGUCGGAAGCACUUUCGCAAACAGCUCCAAGAUGUUCUAUCAGUGGCGCCCCAAGGCUUUCAAGGCUGCUGGUGUCCCCGAGAAGAAGUUGCCCCUUGGACGUACCUUUUCUCUUCCCGCUUCCGAGUCUUCGGACUCGCCCGUUGUCGGAACCGUCAGCGAGUACCUUGCCAACUGGAACGUCCUCAACAAUGCCCAUCCCAACGAGACCCCCGCCGAGCGAUUGCGCCGUGAGGCCAGAGAAGCCGACGACAAGUACAAGGGUGGUGUGCGCAAGUUGGACGAGAUGCGCUGCGACCUUGAGGAGACCAUCUUCCUCCACCUCCGCUUCUUGGAGCGCUGCGAGCUGGACCGCCUUAAGGCCAUCAAGACUGUCAUUCUGGAUUUCUCCGGCACCAUCAGCAACGUCAUUCCCAGCCUUCAAUCGGCUGUAGACAACAUGAUGCUUUUCCAGGAGACAGUGCAGCCCAGCGGCGAUUUGAGGUAUCUGCUCGAGAACUACCGCACUGGUAGCUUCAUCCCCAAGGUGGUCGUCUACGAAAACUACUACAACAAGGUGGACGAGCAAACCUUCGGUGUGGAUCUUGAGGCGAGAGCACGCGCGGAUAAGAAGCGUGUGCCUGUCAUCAUUACUACCAUCCUGACCUACCUUGACAACCACUAUCCUGAUCUGGAGGGCGAUGAGGCUCGACGUGGAGUUUGGCUGGUAGAUGUGCCUCUAAACCAGAUUCACAAGCUGCGUGCCAAGAUCAACGACGGCAAGCCCAUCCCAGCCGACGUUUUCGACGAAUUCGACAUCCCAACUGUCGCAAGCCUGCUCAAGCUCUACCUCCUCGAACUGCCUGAUUCUCUGGUCUCCUCUCACGUGUACGAAAUCAUCCGGACGAUUUACCAGACUCAGACGCAGGAUAAUGAUGCUGCUCGCGUGCCUGUUCUCCAACAGACCUUGUCGCAGCUGAGACUAACUAAUAUCGCAACGCUUGACGCCUGCAUGAACCACUUUACCCGCCUAAUCGAUCUUACCUCGGCCGAUGAGGCUUACAUCUCCACCCUUGCCACUGCCCUAGCACCCUGCAUCCUCCGUCCUCGCACCGAAACUUCCCUCACAAUGGAGGAGAAGCACGCGUACCGUCUCAUCCGGGAUCUCUUUGCUCACAAGGACGCCAUCUUCAGCGAGCUCAAGCGCAUGUCUACUCUGAACCACAGUGGAUCGGUCAACAACCGUCCCCGUGCCAUCAGCACCGACGAAAGCAACCGGAGAGCAAACAUGGAAGAGCGGAAUAGAGCUCUGCUCGAGAAGGCUGCCGGUAGCCGCGGCCGCGCGACCAGCCCCGCCCCGAGCCCGCGUGGUCACAGACGUGACCGUAGCGUAGGCGGCCCCGAGACCCGCUUCCCGAUCCAGACGAGUCCUCCCGCAAGUGCCGUUGACCGCCACCGCUCCAGUCUUGGCAGCGUGAUUGGCGCCAAGCGUUCGAGUCUGGAGGUUCCUGGCAGCGAUAACAGCUCGCCUGCCGAGCCGGCCAACGGCACGGCGAACCCGGCGCCGGCUGCUGAGGGUGUUGCCGCGAGAAUCCAGGCCCUCGAGUCGCCGGUAGAGAAGCGCAACAGCCUCGGCCGCAGCACCGCGCGAUACUCUCUCGAGCGCCGGGUGCCCGUAGCAUCGAGCGGAAACGACAGCGCUCCUUCGACUCCUCGCGGGGUGACACUCGAGGACAAGCCCAUGGAUGACUAA